UCUGUGACGAAGAGAGUGACCGGGCCUGGCUCCCCGCACUUAUUUGCCCAGUACUCCGGUGGCCCCCCUCCCCCUCUUCCUCCAUGUGGGGCCCAGGUUGGGCUCUCGGCUUCUUCUUCUUCUUCUUCUUCUUCUUCUUCUUCUUCUUCUUCUUCUUCUUCUUCUUCUUCUUCUUCUCCUCCUCCUCCUCCUCCUUCUCCUCCUUCUCCUUCUCCUAUGGCCCGGAAAACAGUUAGCAGGAAACGGAAAGCGGCAACGGCUGCCGCCGGGGAGAUCCAGGGGGAGCAGUAUGGGUGGGAUCACUCAGUUCACAAAAGGAAAAGACUCCUCCAGGUGAAAAGGUCUGUGGUGUACUACCUGAAAGGUAGAGAGGUCAGGAUGCAGAAUGAGUCCAGCUAUCACCGCUUGUUGCAUGGAUAUGCUGCCCAGCAGCUUCCCAGCCUCUUGAAGGAGAGAGAAUUUCACCUUGGAAUCCUUAAUAAAGUAUUUGCCUCCCAGUGGCUGAACCAUCGGCAAGUGGUGUGUGGGACAAAAUGCAACACAUUAUAUGUAAUAGAUGUCCAGACUGGUCAAAUUACCAAGAUCCCUGUUCUGAAAGAUCGUGAACCUGGCAUGGUGAACCAGCAGGGAUGUGGUAUUCAUGCCGUUGAGCUCAACCCCUCAAGGACCUUUCUGGCCACAGGUGGAGACAACCCCAACAGUCUUGCAAUUUAUCGUCUGCCUACACUUGACCCUUUGUGUGUGGGAGAUGAUGGACAUAAGGACUGGAUAUUUUCAAUUGCGUGGAUAAGUGAUACUAUGGCUGUUUCUGGUUCCCGGGAUGGUUCGAUGGGUCUCUGGGAAGUCACAGAGGAUGUGUUGUCCAAAAGUGAUGCCAGGCAUAAUCUCUCUCAAGUUCCUGUCUAUGCCCACAUAACACACAGGACUCUGAAGGAUAUUCCUAAGGAGAACACCAGUCCUGACAACUGCAAAGUCCGAGCACUGGCUUUCAACAAUAAGAACAAGGAGCUGGGAGCUGUGUCCUUGGAUGGGUAUUUUCAUCUUUGGAAAGCAGAACACACACUAUCAAAGUUACUUUCCACAAAGUUGCCAUACUGCAGAGAGAAUGUGUGUUUGUCUUAUGGUCAGGAGUGGUCAGUGUAUGCAGUAGGAUCACAGGCACAUGUCUCCUUUCUGGAUCCAAGGCAGCCUUCUCACAAUGUUACAUCCGUCUGUUCCAAAGAACGAGGCAGCGGUAUUCGAUCGGUGAGCUUCUACGAGCACAUUAUCACAGUGGGAACGGGGCAAGGUUCCCUACUGUUUUACGAUAUCCGAGCCCAGAGGUUCCUGGAUGAAAAGUCCCCACGUGCCUGCUAUGGACAGAAGCAGAAAUUAGGAGGAAGUGAAAUUUUAAAGUUGACUGCUGGGAAAGGUUGGCUGGUAUCAGCUUGCACAACUGGAGUUUGUAUAGGCUAUUCUGCGGUGUGGCUAUUUCAGGAUGACAUGACAUUGAGGGACUGCAGAGGUGCUGAGAAGAAAUGGGGGCAAGGGACAUGAGUGUUCUUGUCCUUCAAAAUGAACUAAAUCUAUCAGUUUUCCAGAUAAACCAAGAUUCCUUAGUAUGCUGCUGUGGUAGCUCAUGGGUUCUUCAUAAACUGCCUAAAACCCAGGACCUCUUUUUGUCCCAGGUUGUAGAAACUUUUCCCAUUUUAGCUGUUCUGGUUGGCCAUCUCUAAUAUGCCAGUGGAAUAAAUAAACUGGGUUUUUUUUCUCUGAGGUUAAAGAGUGCAUCUUGGACUUGUCUAAUGCAAGCUGGAAGCUUUCUAUGUAGCAAGAUAACUUGCUGUUAGCUCAUAUUGAGCUAGCAGCAUCUGUUGUCAUCUUGCUUGCUGUAGGAGAGGAGAGGCUCAGGUUUUCCUCGAAUCCCCUGCUACCUUCUGCAAUCAAACUCCCACAAACUUCACGUGGGACUGGGUGGGGAGAAUAGAUCCAAUGCCCUUAAGGUCCAGCCAUGAAGUGUGUGCAUUACAGGGUGAUAAUCUUACCUAAUACUCACUAAAAUGCAGUACUCAAGGGUGCUCCUCCUAGCCUUUUGGCAGGCACCAAGCUUGGCUCGUUACUGACACCUCUGUCCUCUGCUGGGAUGAAUGCCUUUCCCAUGCCCUUAUCACCAGUGGAGCAGUGUGCCUGUAUCUCACUACUUUAGUGCCAAAUAGGUAGUUGGCUGAAGCUGAGAAUGACAAAACUGGGACAAGCUCUGUUCUUCUGUGUCUGCUGGAGAUAACAGCCACUGCUAUAGAGUAGCUCUAGUCCCAUAUGUGGUUCCUGCCAGAUUGCCUAGAGCUAGUCUGUAUGUGUCUUUGUGGUCCCUCUCAUCUUUGUACUCUAUAUCUUCAUCAGCAAUGCCAAGCAGUGAGACUUGGGCUUAAUUUCUGGUUGGUAGUGGACACGGAUGAAAAUCCUGCAAGGAAUGCAGUUCCCUCCCAUCCUGGUGAAAAUCCUGUUAAGAGGUCUCCCAGACAUGCACCUGUCUCAGAAGUAUAGUUUACACUGAGCACUGACAUGGGUACUUCACAAACAGAUCUUUUUGUGGUGUUUCAUAAUUCUACUUUCCUUGUGGGUUGAUUGCUUAAACUGAAUCAGUUCAUGGUGAAAUUAUAAACUCUGGAGUAGCAAAGGAGCUCUCAUAUUUUAUUUAGAGUUGUUUAUUGUUUUUUAAAGAUGUGAUGGUGCCUGUGUUGUUCUAUGAUGGCAACUUACUGCUUUGGUUAUUUUAGGGGUUUUGAAAAGAGGAAGUAUACAGAGAAAAACAAAUCUUGGUGAAGUAUGGCAGGAUGUGUAUUUCUAGGAUUAUUCCUCCAACUACCAUGUAAGAUCACACUGUCAUAGGGAACAAUUUCUGGUUAGUUGUUUAGUUGGGCUUGGUUUGAGGUGCCUUUUUUUCCCCUCUCCUCUAAAGAAACUAGACACUUGACUCUGAGUGUCCUCUACUGAAACAACUAGUUAGAUGCUUAGUGUCACCAGUGCCAAAGGAAAACUACUGAUCUGGAAACCCUAGCCCUGAUGUUGAUCUAUAAAUUUGAUGCAUAUUCCAGGUCUGGGUGAAGGGGCAAAAAGGGUAUUUUUAUGGACUAAGCUUUAGCCUCUAAACAUGGAGGCUGAUAUUUCUGCAGUCAGUAGUCUCUAGGUUAUUGAAGAGGUCACCUUGGAACCCCUGGAAAGUGUCCCUCUCUGCCAACUGAUCUCCACAAAUACCUCACUGUGUAGUCCUAAAGCCUGGUAGUGUGAGUGCCCUUUUCGUCACUUUUUUUCUGCAUAGGAAGCUUUGGACAAUUCUCAGAAGAAUCUGGACAAUGAUGUAAAAUUUUUCAAGUGUCAUAUGCUUUUGUGUAUUCUGCUUUCAUGAUGCUUUCUUCCAAAGAUAACUUCUCAUGGGCAGGGAGCCAUCCUUGUUGCUGUAUGAAAAGCCCCCCCAAAAAACUGGGAACAAAGUAGAUAUAGUGCUGCAAGAACACAAAUUGGGCCAGAGAGAACUUAAUUUUGAGCCAGUUUCAGUGGUUUUAAAUGCUUGUAGCGAUAUAGCCUUAUAGAUGUUAAGUUUCAGAAUAUUUUGUGGUUGGUCAUAUGUCACUUUUGGUCCAGUCAAGGUUAGAAAAAGAGGCAGAGAAAGGUGAUGAUAUGCCAACUGUCCAAAUAUAAGUCAUAGGAGAAAUGGGAUAAAAAGACAGGUUUUCUUACUUGAAUUGAUUUUAUUGCCCUACUGGUUUAGAAAUCAGUUGAAAUCCGGGAUCAUGGUGAGAGAAGCAGUGAUUUUCCAUUGAAGUGCAGGAAUGACUGUACAGCAGGGUCUCUCUCAUCUCUUCAUGGAGGCAAGUUGAGUGUACCCCAGUGUUCAAAUAUCAGAUAUACCCCUGAUACAUGAAAUUCAGUCUGGUGACUGAGUUGUGCUCACUGUAGCUCACUGUGCUCUGCUGAGACCCAGUGACAUUUGCAUUUUCAGGCUGGCUUUUCAAAUGUUUCAUAACAAGUUCCCUCCCUUGCUCUUUCCUGCCCAUCUCAAUGGUCUGUUUGGGGUUGCCUCCUCCACCCUGUAAUAAAUAUGGUAUAUUAAUUCGUGUUUUGGUGCAUGUGAAUAUGUUCUGUAAAAUGAAACACUGGUUGAGGUCGGGAACGAAACUGACUAAUUUCAAGACAGGCAACACCCAGGAACCGCCAUUCAGAGGAGGACAAUGCAAUGCCGGGAAUUGGGGACUUUGCCAUUGGCAUCAGAAUAGAAGACGCAUCAAGAUAGAAAUCAGUCGUCCUCCCAAAACAGCCUAGCUGUGAAAGCCCUGCAAUCAGAGGAGGAAGCCCGUUCAUUCAGAAUUUUGUUUUCAAUUCACUCACAGGACGAAAGAAAUUAACACUCCUCCCUCCAAGAGGUGCAUUCGAAUAACCACCCCAAGAAAACAAAGAACUGUGGGGAAAUCCUCUGCCACCGGCUAAAUAAACUGUAUAAAACCCGAACCCCAGAAGGGGCCAAUUCAUGAACUCUGGUGGAUUGCAGUGCUAUAGAGGCUGCUUUCCGUUCACCCUUUGACGAUCCCGGGCAUCAUCACCGUAUCUCUGCUUACUGGUUUUACCGAAAUUCUGUAAUUUUAUUUUAAUAAACAAAAUUAUAUUUUAAUUGGCAAAGUGGAUUGGCAUUUAUAACAACCCCAAAUUCUCUGUUUUUUACUGUAGCAAUAUUGUACUUGGAGAGGUGACCUCUGUUAAGCAGAAAUGGGUUUGCUGGCAUUUUGUCAAGCCAUGCUUGAGACCUUUAAUUUGCCUUUUUUUUAACUGGGUAGACCUUUGAGGCUGGCUCAGACCGGAGAACUGGGUAGUUGCCUGUAAUAAAUGGCAUGAGAUAAUUUGUGUUAUAAAGUUAUAAAACGGGAUUGUUUGUGUUAUAAGGUUACAUGUAUAUAAAAAUAAAUGUAACAAAACAAGCCCGGGCUUGUGGCAAUGAAACCAGUAAGCCUGGGCUUGUAGCAAUUACAUUUCAGGGUGAACAAAAGCUGCUGCCAGGAAAUUCAAGGUGGAGCUGGAGGAGCGAGAAGCACCACCAUUAACCACAAGAAAGGAGGGUGGACUGAUUCUUUCUAGGCGAGGGAACUGUACAAUGCCUAACAAUCAAGAAAGAUACCAAUCUCAGCAGCAAUCUCGGCAACAAUAUCAGAAGAGGACCCACCUCUAUUCACCCUUUCGAUUCUCUUAUUCAGACACACUGAAUAACCAAAAUUAUUAUUCAUCUCUCCGUGGAAAGUCUAUUCUGCAGAGGGGAUGGCCAAACGAAAACCCAAAGUUAUUAUUCAUCUUUCCCCAGAAAGCCUAUUCAGGAGACUGGGCGGAAGAAUAGAACAAAGAACUUUGGGGGCCGGCUGGCAAAAUAAAGUGUAUUUAAGGGGACUCCGGAACGGGCUGAAUUUGUGAACAGGGGAGGGACUCAGUGUGCUAGAGGCUGUGUCCAAGGUUCACCCAGUGCCGAUCCCGGGUCAUCGGCACUGCACUUUCGAUUACUGGUUUGCCUAAAUUUUGUUCUGUAAUUUCUUUAAUUAAUAAAAUUUUAUUAAUUAAAAUUGGCUUAAUAUUGUUAGAAAUGAGACGCUUGACACGGCCAAUACAUCAAGCAGCAAUUUAACAAUUAAUUAAUGUGGUAAAGUGUGAGCAAAGGCAGCGCUGGGUACAGUGGUAGGGGUUUUCCCUUCCGACUGCACACCGAUUGCUGGACUUGCUGGGAUUUUAUUUGCUAUAUUCAUACAUAUUCAUAGGCUUUCUCAGCAGUUUCCAUUUCUAGUUUUAACGUCACAAUUCAAUACCUAACAGCCAUAAAUCUAUAGAUUGUCCUGUAUAAUUCUAUAGACCAUUGUGAUCUAUUUCAAUAUUUCAAUACUCCAGGAUGUACAUCCAGGAUAUGUUUUCCCAGAUGGUGGGAUCUGUCUUCCAGAUGUGGGGGUCCCAUCUCUAUUCCCACGGCCAUCAAUCUCGGGUAGUGAUGUCCAGUUUCCUUCUCCAGGAGCCAUAAAUCAGUGAGCUGUAGUCUUGUCUUUGUGUCCAGGAUGUUUUUCCACCUUCUGUGAAGGCCUGAGCCCCCUCCUCACUUCCUUCUUUUGUCUAAAAAAACCUUUUUACAUUCUAAAACUACAGUUUAAAAUUCUUUAAUACAAAGCAAGCUUCUAAAGUUAUAAUUAAAAGACACUUAUUACAGAAUAGCUUGAGACUUAUAAUAGGUAAUUGCAAGCAAAAGAUUUAUUCAAAAACUUCUUUCCAUGCUUUCCUCAGUUGUUUAUUAGAACUCAUCUUUAUAACUGUCCCAUGGCCGUGUUCCACAACUACAAUUACACAGAUUUUCUUCAUUUCCCUGACACGAAACAUAACUUUGUAUUUCACAAUAUUUAUAACAUUGCCCUAGUACAUGUUUCACGAAUGGGAGGAUUACACAGUAACAGUCUAUUUCUUGGGGGGGGGAAACAGACUGGUUUCUCACAUUAGGCACUUGAAGCAGAGAAAAGAUCUUUAAUUAUGACAGACCUUUGGACUCUUCUUCCUGCUGUUAAUUUUUCAGUCAUGUGGGAUCUCCUGUGCUGCCAGUGAGUGUAGGAACUAGUUAAUUUUAUCACUCAGCUCUUUUUAGUAUACUACCGUGUUAAUUUGGGUCUUUGGGUAUUGCAUUUUCAGUAUUCAUAAUCACAGGUAAUCAAACCCAGUUACUUAACUAUGGGUUCAGUAAUACAAUUCUCCCUGGAUGACUUGACUAUACAAGGGAGAAAGCUUGAGGAAUUUUGGGGGUUAGAUUUGUUUCUUUUUUACUUAUAGAAUUUUCCCCACAAGUUGCUAGGAGACUAAUUACUGGAUACUUGUGAGUACUUAACCAAAACAAAGAAGUGGCCAAAGGAGAUGGCAGCACCAGGCUACGCCCGGUUUUUUGGGGUCGCUGGGAGUUGUCUCUCAGAAGGGGGAGAUAAAUUGAGGUUUGGGACAGUUUCACUCUCUUGCUCUUGGCAUCAGAGAGGACAGUCAAGCUGCUGCUUGCUGCAGGAAGAGUUCACUGUCAUCACUCUGUCCUGUCCUGGGAAAUCUACCAUCAUCUGCUUCUGUGCCCAGGAAUUCUGAGCUUGCCUCCUCCUGCCCUGCUGGAGCUGGGCCGGCCCUGCCCCACCACCACCGCUCCUUCGGCACUGCUUUGAGGCUUUCUACUACUCUGUAGCCCCGCACUGCCCCUGCUCUGCCAGGACAUCCCUGCCGUUCCAGCUACCAGUGUGGACCUUCUGAUCUCAUCCACCAGCCCGGGAUUUUCCACCGCUCCAGCUUGGUUUCUUGGAGUCCCACAGGGGCACCAAGAUCAAACUGCCCUGGGCUUUGUGAAAGAAAGCCCUUGAAGUUCCUGGUUCUGUUUAUUAUUAAUGCUGUAGUUGUGGUUUGUUUGUUUUGUCGUACAUACCAGUGAAGAACUGUUAUUUGUAUCCCCAUACCUCUGUCUGAAAGCCCCUUUAAUUUUCUAAAUUAUAAUAAUUUGGAGGGAGGGGAUUUGAAUUCUCCAUCUCUAGGGAGGUCCUGCCUCUCCCUAGCAGAUACCUGUCUUUAAACCAAGACAGAUUUUGUGGCCCAAGUGUGGGGCUCAAGCACAUUGAGAGAAAAAGGAAUAGCAGUUCCUAAGUGACCUAACUUCUUGUGUACUGGAUAUGAAAACCUGUUUAAGUACCUGUAAGAGUCGGUCCGAAAAUCCCUCAUCUGCCUCACGACUGUCAGAGGCUGAGACCCCCAUGGACCCUGGGCCACAGCACAGGAGAGAUCCAAGUUUUUCCCUGCAGCUGCUGCCACUGGACCAAGACGCCCUCCUCAGGGACCCAUGCAGGAACAAUGGACACUGUCACGGUUCCUGGCCGUGUUUGCAGAGGCCGUGUUUGCUUUGACUGACUGUGCUGUACCUGCUGCAGAGCCCAGACCUGCUUGCCCCAAACCUGCCUGAUCUGAAUGGUUGCACCUGAUUCCCAGAGCAACGGGCCUCCUCACAGUGACUCUUGGGUGUUCCCCCCACGCUGGCCAGGUGCCCCCCACUUCUGCCUGCAUUGGCCGGGUGCCCCCUGCUUCUGAAAUGACUAUAAAAGCUUCCCCCUGCGACUCACACUUUGAGGCCCUCCCCGGCAGAUGACGGAUCUAUUGAUGCGUGCCACAAGGACUGCAAAGGUGGUCUAUUGGUACCAGCAUCACGAGGACUCACGUCUGUUCAGCCGGUAGCUAUACCCUUUCUUUCCUCUUCUCUCUCUCUCUCUUUCUUUCUCUUCUUUUCCAUCGCAUAAUUGUGUGUAUCAAUAAAGAUACAAUUGAUUUUACUUGAACUAAGUUAUCAAUGCCUCUUUUUGCACUCUGAAAUCAAAACGAACCAUCACGACCAUCCUUUGGCUUGUGACAUUAAAUUGGUGUCACCGUGACAGGGUCCUGAUUGACAGAGGGGUUGCAGGUUGUCUAUAGUCUGUACUAGUGUCCUGGGGUGACAGGACAUUUUCAUGCUUUGUAUCCCAAAUCGUGGUUGGUUUUUUUUUCCCUGUUCCCGUGUUCUCAGUUUGUUUUGUCAGUGGCUCAGCCCCCCCCCCCGGCUGCUUGCUUCUGGCUUGCUGCUAGCUUUAGGCUGCUUCGCUGGCUUUGCUCUCUUGCUUUCUGCUUUUUGCUUGCUUUUUUGCCAUUUUUUUCUGCUUUUGUGUUUCCUCUUCUUUCCUUCCUCCCUUCCCUGAAGACAUCGGACCUGCUUCGGGCCCUGAUUCGGGAACAUCAAGGGAACACCCCCCGGAGUCUGCACCUAAAAGAAGCUUUGGCACCCUCCCCAGCAGAGACUGCUCACCCUCUCUUGGACUGGUGAAAACAUUUCUUGUCAUCUCGGACUGUUUUCCUUGUGUUGGGGAGUGGGUUUUUUUCGUUGUUUCUCAAUAAACAAGUUUUUUCCACUUUCUCCU